GUGAAAUUUAUAAUACUUUAUGUUUCCGGUGUUUUGGAACCAAGAAAAUUCAUCAUCGUGAGUCAGUGACAGUUGACAGUGAAGCGGUACAUUUAGAAUUUCGGCUACAUUGAAGAGUUAGCAAAGGACGCUUCUCUAAACAAAAAAGGUAUACAAGCGAGGAUGGCGGAAGAGUAUCCUAUAAAUGUUAAUGUCAAGGUUUAUAAGGAGGGCAUAGGCAACGCUUUCAGAAAAGUCGCCGAGCUAGGCCAAAAGAAAGAAUGGACGAAACUUCUAGAAACUAUUGACGGAGAUCCCCAGCUGAUAAAUUCCUGUGCCCUUGUGGAGAAAAACACCGCGCAUACGUUGAACACACCGCUUCACCAUGCUGCACUGGGAUCCGCGCCCAAAGAAGUGUUCGAACAGUUACUCGAGAUGGGAUCCGCCAAAUGUCUGAAAAAUUUAGCCGGAGAGACUGCAUACGAUAUUGCAGCGAAAUCUCAGCUGUCACAAGAUAUCUUGAAACUGAUCGAAGUUCCCAAAGAGAUUAAGCAAAAAGAGGCCAUUAUUGCUAAACUCGAGGAAGGAUUGCAUAAGGUUAUUCUCGGAAGAGUGGAAGAUCUGAUCAAGGAAAACGGCCAAGCCCUACCGCAGGUGGCGUACCUGUUUGAAAAGGGAGAGUUCUAUUAUGCAGUCCCCGGCAUGUAUGGAGGAUUCAGAGUGACCAAAAAUGGAGACAAGGGAAUCGUUUCGUCCAGUUGGAUCCGAGUGUGUGGGGGGAGUGGGCAGGAACACGAAAUUGACAACGACGGAAAUACGAAACUUGUGAACGAGGGAUUCGUGUGAAAAUAACGAUUUCCCAAUCUAUAUUUUUUAAAUUUUUUUUGACAUCUUUUAAUAUUUGGUUGACGCAUACAUGUAUUGCGGGAUUGUUUUUAUCAAAACACAUCUUUAAAAAUAACCAGUUGCCAUUCCUCUUGUAUUGUAUUAUUUUAUUUACCAGACUGUAUAGACUGUUUUUAUCGUAUCUGGCGAACCUGUUACUUUUCCAUAAUUUAUAUACUAGUAAUGGAGCGAAGUGAGCUCUACCGGCAAGGCGUGUGUGAAAUAUAGAAAAUUCGGACCAGUUGCAUAUUUCAAAUAAAAAAGAACAGCCUUUCCGGAAUUUUCAUACUCGUUGGAAUGGACAUUGUCAUAAUUGCAUAACACUCGUCUAACACUAAGAUAUUUAUAUAUUAAAUGUACUGGUAAAAUGGAAUAUUGUGGAGAAUUGGUUAUUCUUCUAAAUAUAUUUAACAACAU